AUGUCAUCAAUACAAGAACAAUAUCAAGCAGACAUUUUAUCUCUUCGUUCAGAAUUAACAAAAUUAGAAUCAAAAAGAAACGAUUUAUUACUAAAACUACUUGAAUAUCGCCCAGUUGUUCAUGAAUAUACUUCUGCUAAAGCUCCGCAAGAUUUAAAACCAAUUGAAAGCGAAUGGAACAUUGAAAAGCUAUACCGUUUAUCAGGUAUCACAUUUUUCGUCCCCUCUGAUCCUGAAAAAUAUGUUCCUCUUAAAAAAAAGCCAUUUCAUAAACUUGUAGGGGCAAGAAUUGAUCUUUUUCAUCAAGGCGUAUUUCUGAAGCCACACUAUUUGAUCUUUCGUCUAGAUAAUGGAUUAUCAUUAUAUAAACAUACUAUACCGAACUUUAUUGAUAUAGAUUUAUUGGCAAAAAAGUGGUUAAACAAAGAGACAAAUACAUUUCUUUGUUUAAUACGUAGACAAUUACUUUAUCAUGCAAUCCGCUCUGCUCAUAUUCGUGAACUAGAAAACAUAUUUUCAAACUCAACUAUCCUCUGCGAUCCAGCCGCAGCAUUUAUGGAAAUAAAGAACAAAAAAUAUACAAUAAUUAUCAAGUUUGGAAACACAAAUAUCGAAAAAACAAUGAUUAAAAAUUCAAAAGGAGAAAGAAUUGUAGAGUUAGAAAAAAAACUAAUUAAAAAAGGCCCUAGUAUUAUUCAUCAUCUUCUAGAAUAA